AUGGCACCAAAAAAGAGUUAUAGCCUUGAGACAGAGUUGGUUCUUGCAAAAUCCAAUGAUCAACACAAUGCAUCGGUUCCUCCAUUGUACCAAUCGGCUACUUUCAAACAACCAUCACUUUCAAAUAUGGGUGAAUAUGACUAUACUAGAUCGGGUAAUCCUACAAGAACCCACUUACAAAAUCACAUUGCCAAAAUUAUGAAGGCAAAACAUGCAUUUGCCGUCUCAUCAGGUAUGGGAUGUCUUGAUGUGAUCACAAGACUUUUGAAUCCUGGUGAUGAAGUUAUAGCUGGUGAUGACUUGUAUGGAGGAACGCAAAGAUUAUUAACUUACCUAAAUAAAAAAGGGGACUUGAUUGUCCAUCAUUAUGAUACAACCAACACAGAAUUGAUAAAAUCAAAGAUAACAAGUACCACUAAGAUGAUUUUCUUAGAAUCGCCCACAAACCCAUUGAUUAAAGUAGUGGAUGUUAGGUCUAUUACUGAACAUGCGCAUAAAGUGAAUCCUGAUAUAAUUGUGGUGUUCGACAACACUAUGAUGUCACCGGUAUUGAUGACUCCUUUGGAUUUAGGUGUGGACAUACACUAUGAAUCAGCUACGAAAUAUCUCAAUGGACAUCACGAUAUUAUGGCUGGUGUUUUAGCUACUAGAUCUGCAGCAUUAGCUGAAAGAUUAUACUAUGUGAUAAAUUCAACUGGAUGUGGAUUGUCUCCUUUUGAUUGUUGGCUUUUAAGUCGAGGAUUGAAAACAUUAGCUAUAAGGGUUGAAAGACAACAAGAAAAUUGUAUCAGAGUUGCCAAGUUUUUGGAAAAUGUUGGUUUCAAAGUUAGGUACCCUGGUUUGAAAUCACAUCCUCAAUACGAAUUACACAAUUCCAUGUGCUCUGGAUACGGUGCCGUAUUAUCAUUUGAAACAGGAUCUAUCAAACUUAGUGAGAAGAUUGUUGAAAGUACAGACAUUUUCGGCAUUGCUGUAUCAUUUGGAUGUGUUAAUUCAUUGAUUUCCAUGCCAUGUAAAAUGUCACAUGCUUCUAUAGAUGCUAAAACUAGAGAAGAAAGGGAUUUUCCUGAAGAUUUGAUCAGAUUGUGUAUUGGAAUUGAAAAUGUCGAUGAUUUGAUUGAUGAUUUAACAAAGGCAUUGUUGAAAAGUGGAGCUGUAAGAAUAAAUGAUAAGGAUGAGUUGUUUAAUGCAGUUCCUAUACAACCAAAGUUAUAG